UGCUUACUCUUGUCUAGGGAUUGUCCUUCGUCCUUUUUUCUUUAAAUGCCUUUUCUUUUAAUCUAUAUAUAUAAAAGAAAGUCGUGUUAAACUACCACUUAUAACUCAAGAACGGCAGAACAGAUUUGGCUGAAAAUUGGUAGGGAGGUAGCUUAGAGCCAGGAGACGGACAUAGGAUACUUUUUAUCCCGUUCGACAGCGUUCCUCUGUGACUUGACAUGAAACGUCAGUCACUAUAAAACGUGGUAUAACAAAAAAGAAUCAGAAUUGGAAUAACAAAACGCAAAUGACAGCUAUGUAAUUGACGUAAAAUGACAGCUAUGUAAUGACGUAUGGAUGACAAUUUGAUAUUUGUAAGAAAUCAAUAUUAAAACUAUUUCUAUUAAAUAAAUAAUUAACAAGUGAAUUGAAUUGAAGUGAAGUUUAAUUAAUAAUGCCGCGACCAAGACGAUCGAAUCUUUCCCGACAAAGCCGUAAUGCAAGAAGAAUACAAAAUACUGCAAAUGAAAGGACUGAAGAAGAACAAGAAAUUGCACGUGAACAGCGCCGCAAUAGUAUGGCUCGACUUCGUGCUUCUCAAUCACGAGAGCAAAGUGAAGCAGCCCGUGAAACAGCUCGGUUGGCAAUGCAGAAUCGUCGAGCGAACAACAGAAGUCAACAAAUAGAUAAUUUGCGACGCAGAACAAGAUAUUUAGCUGAUUUGAAUCGAGCUGCGUUUCGAUACGAUUGCAGCAAUGAUUACAGCUUGCAUCCUAGCGUUUGCAUUGGGCAAAUGGACGUUGUUUGCAAGUAUUGUGGUGCAUUAAAGUUUUCCGGAGAAACGCCUGGAUUAUGCUGCGCUAAUGGUAAAGUGAAAUUGCCAGUGUUGACUCCGCCACAUGAGCCAUUGUAUUCAUUGCUUUGCGGCGAAACACAAGAAUCACUCCACUUUCUUGCAAAUACUCGAAAAUACAAUAGUUGUUUCCAAAUGACGUCAUUUGGGGCAGACAUUAUCGAAGAAGGAGGUUUUAAUCCGACAUUUAAGAUACAAGGACAGAUUCACCAUCGAAUUGGAUCAUUACUACCUUUCGAAGAUACACAGAAUAAAUUUUUACAAAUAUAUUUCAUGGGCAACAUGGAAGAACAACUUGAUCGACGACUGGGGAUCAAUGCAGGAAUGAAGCGAGAAAUUCUUCAAGACUUGCAGUGUCUGCUUCAUGAACAUCAUGAUCAGAUAGCCGUUAUCGUCUCAGCGAAAGCGCUUUCGUAGAUGGAUGUUCCUGUAUUUAAAAGAUGAGAAGAAAACUCAAGGCGGUAUAAAGAGUUUAAGAAAAAAACCUAAUCACACCGCAUCCAAAUGACCGGCAAUCAGGCAGAUCGAGAUGUCAAGAUCUCUCCUUUUGGCUUUUUAAUGUAAGUUUUAUUUUUAUUUAAUUCGUAUUCCUUGCACCUUCAAUUAUACAAGGUAAGAAUUUAAAUUGAAUUUCCGCCACAACGAAAGAAUAGCUAUCGCCAAGUUUUGUGCAGAUGUCAAUUGUAAUUUAAAGUUUCAUGAAUGCAUUUCACUAAGCCUAUCUCAUUGAAUCGUACCCUUAUUUAAAUUAUACAAUCCUGCAUGUUUAGUACUAGGAUAUGUGCCCACAUUUAUUUAAUUCCUUAGCUGGUAAUA